CUCAUCUCCAAUCCAAUUAAUUUCAUCAAUCAUGGCACCUCCAGCAAUAUACCCCAGCCUGCAAGACAAGACAGUCGUCAUCUCCGGCGGCGCAGAAGGAAUCGGCGCUGCAACCGUCGAGGCCUUCGCCCUGCAAGGCAGCCAAGUCAUCUUCCUGGACAUCUCCAAAGACGGCGCCCAGAAGACAAUCGACCAUGUCGUCUCGCGGACACCAGAGGCCGAAUCCCGAGCUGGUCCUGCCAUCAAGGCCCCUAUAUUCUACUACUGCGACCUGAGCAGUCUCGCUGAAGUGCAAUCGACCGCUGCAAAGAUCCUAGAAGAGCACGGGCCCGUGCAUGUCCUGGUUAACAAUGCCGCUGCGGCGGGCAGCGUCGCGCGACUUGGUUCGCAGGAUGUCACGGCUGAAGCGUGGGAUUUCAGCAUGAAUACGAAUCUGCGACAUGUCUUUUUCCUUACGCAGGCGUUUCUACCGGGGAUGAAGAGCCUGGGUGGUGGGAGUAUCAUCAAUAUGGGGUCGAUUACAUGGCGUAUUCCAGCUGCUGGCACGCCGGUCUACGGGGCCUGCAAAGCGGCCAUCAUGGGUUUGACGCGUACGCAGAGCCAGGAAUUUGGCGCCGACAAUAUCAGGGUUAACAGCGUCAUGCCGGGUGCGAUUGCGACCGAGCGGCAGAUUCGCGAUGUCCUGACGCCGGAGUACCGUGCGGAGGUUUUCCGAGGGCAGGCUCUACAGCGAGAUCUGGUUCCGAUGGAUGUGGCAAAGGUGAUUGUGUUCUUGGGAAGCGAGGAAGCGAGUGCAGUGACGGGCAGCUCGUAUGUUGUUGAUGGUGGCUGGGUUGGUGAUCCUUGAACCUAUAUAAAGAGGACAGUAAAGAUGAGACAAGUGGUCUAAUUGUAUUUAUGUGUAUUGUGUGAAAUCGCCAUGUUAAAGCUGGAAAUGCGACUCAUCAAGGUCAUCAAGGCAUAACGCUAAAAUGCAAGAUAUAAAGAGAAAUAAAAGGCAUAAUACAAGACUACUUUGGCAGCCCACGAU